CUACAACAUACCAUAUUUGCUUGAAGAUGGAAGAAGAGAAAGUGGAGCUUAGACAGCUAGACAGAUCUCUAGAUGACAAGAUGAUCAAAAAGGCAGCUAAACCACCCAACAGGUUUGAGAGAAUAAUUCAGCCAUGCAUUGCUGAGCUUGUGGGGACUAUGUUUUUUGUCUUCAUUGGUUGUGUAUCAGUGAUUGAAAAUGUAGAGGCAGUGGGACAUCUGCAGCCUGCGCUGGUGCAUGGGCUGGCUGUGGCUGUAAUGGUAGCAUGUAUGGCAGAGAUCAGUGGGUCCCAUUUCAACCCACCGUUUACUUUGGCAAUUUUCUUAUGUGGAGGAAUGCAGUUAGCAAUGGUUAUCCCAUAUCUUAUCAGCCAGCUUGUUGGAGGUGUGCUUGGUGCUGCGAUGUCAAAGAUCAUGACAUCAAAGAAAAACUACAUAAAUGCCACUGGUGCAGCUUUUACCAUUCUACAAUCAGAUGAACAAGUACCAGGGGCUAUCUUUGCUGAGAUGGCAAUGACCUGUCUGGUGACUAUGGUGGUGCUCCUGGGGGCAGUAAAUGGGAAAAGCAAAAGUCCCAUGGUACCUUUCCUGGUGGGCUGCACUGUGAUUGUCAACAUCCUGGCAGGAGGUAAUAUAUCUGGCACCUGUUUGAACCCUGCAAGAGCUCUGGGACCUGCACUGUUAGCUGGUUACUGGGAUUAUCACUGGGUAUACUGGGUUGGCCCCAUUGGAGGAGGUUUAAUAGCUGCAGCCCUUGUACGGCUCCUGCUGGGGGAUGAGAAGAUUAGGGUUAUAAUGAAAUGAUGCCACUAUUCUGGAGUCCUUUAACACACACACAAGCUUAUUUGUUUAACAUCCACCAGUGUUGAUGUAGUGCCUAACUGGUCAUAUUGCCAGCUUAACUAAAUAUUGAUGAUAGUAAUAAUAAUAAUGUAACUUUUCAACAAAUAAUAGUUAUUAAAAGGAGGAAAUUAUUGAUUUUGAAAAAUAGAACAUUUAAAUUGUUUUGUGAUGACUUUUAUACUGAAACAUGCAAUAAAUCAAUUUUAUAACAGCAAAUGAAAUUAUCUAUGGAUUUAAAUUCCAAAAAAAAUGUUUUUUCUCUGAAGAUUGUUCUGUCU